AUGUUGGAUCCAUGGCGCACGGUUAGCAGAUGUUCAGCGAGGGAAGCGCCGUGCAUCCGACGAUCGCACGUCAGGGUCAAAAGCGUCCCGAGGCCGGCAGAUCAGACAUUCGGCUCUGCCUACAAGAACGGGUGGACGUUGUUGGCCGCAGUCGGCUGCUGGCCAGCCGGUGGGUCUUUGUAUGCUGCUGGAGUUGCAAAGGCAAAGCAAGUCCGCCAUCGACAUACUUCGAGGGCGACGCCUUCCUUCGUCAGUCGUCGCGCAAGCAGGGAUGGAGGAGUCGUCGAGUUUCUGGUGGAUGGCGAUACCCGCCAGGCAUCUGGGUGCAGACAGGCGAUCGAAGAGUUGCAGGAGGGAGGCCGAACCGUUUUCACCACCGUUUACUACUCCUUUCGGGGCCGUCUAGCCUGGUCGAGGUUGGAGGAAUCACCGUACAUCUGCCUCUGCCCGGUAGAGGCAUAUGGAGAAGGCGAGGAAGUUGACGAAAUUAUUCUGGAAAGGCUGUCAUCUGAAGCUCAGAAGGCCGAUGGUGCCUGCCUAGCUCUCCUGGCUGCCGACACCGGGUAUGUUGACCUCGUGAGAGAAAUCGUGUCUGCAAAGAGAGAGAUUGUCGUCUGCGUCCCACGCGGUGCAGUUUCCAGCGUUCAGGCUUACCAAGAGACUGGUGCACGUGUGCUGCCUUUGGGGAGAAUCCAGGAGGGUCCAAAAGUCAGAGCCUUCUUAGACCCCGAUGGUAGUGGACGAGUCGAGAUGGCAGAGCCUUGGAUAGCUGCUCGUCGGGAAGAUCAAGCCGCCGCAGAGCUGACAAGUUUCUUACAGGAGUGGGGCUACCGUGGAGAGCGCGGCUACCUUGUCCCGUCUGUGGCGAAGUUCUGGUUUGCUCAUGACCUCGGACGUCUUACGGUCUUCCCAGCUCAAGCCGGAUGUGCAGCAGCAUACCAGAAAAUUAAAGAUGCUAGCCCUGGAACUUCAUGGAUGGAGUACCGCAACGAUCUUGCAUUCUUCCUUCCUGUCGGCAAACAAGACAAAUUUCACGAUGAACAAGUGAACACGCAGUUCGGUAACCAGAAGGCGAAAAGUGUUUACAAUGGUGGGGGUCCGUUCAUGAUCAGAGACUCAGAGAACAUGGUGCUGGAGGUUCUGCGCAGGCUGGGAUACCUAGACGAGGAACUCAACAAUGACUUCUCGCAAGCUGUGGACACGUUUGUAAGGAUGCCAGAGAACAAGUAUUGGCUACGCAAAAACUGUAAGGCAAUGCCCGUCCCCACCGACACAAAAGAACAAGUGAUUGCGAAGCUGAGAAGAGCAUUCCUAUCAAACGAUACGAGCGGCCAGUGGCGUGUUGGUCCGGGAUUUGAAGAUGUGGCCGGAGUGCACUGA